UUACAUGAUAAUUAUUUACAACACAAAACUAUUCACAAUAACAAUUGUAUUAAAGUCGUUGCAAGAAGGCAAAAGAUAGUUUACAGAAAUGAGGAAACCUAAGAAUUAUAAUACUAAUAAUAAUGAUAAAGUAAAUCGGUUAUCAAGUAAAAGUAGCUUCCUCCACCCCCUUAGAAACCGUGGACCGAUUGCUUAUUUACCAGGCGUUAAUUUAUUUCUUCCCCCUCUGCCAAACAAUUCCAUUCUAUUGUUCCCAACAGUGUCAAUAUGCCAAGAAGCAGCAUAUUGGCUUUCUGUAACAGAUUUUAAAAGAGGCAUGAACAAAAAAGCUCUAUACCGGAUUUUGCUGCUCUUUGAAUUUCAUCUUUAUCCUAACUGGCUCGAAUUUUCCAAAGCAGAGCCCUGCAUAAAGAAGGAAGAUGUCUUUAAAGUUCCCACAGCUCCAUUAAUUGCUAUCUUUAUUUCUGAAUUCCCGGAUGAUGACGUGAUACCUAUUGGUUAUGACCUCACAAUUGUUUGCAUUGGAAACAAAUCGAGAGAGGGGGACUUACAUAAGUUCUCCGAACAGCCAUAUCAGGUGCAGUUGUUUUUUAGAAACCACCAAAUUAAAGAGUGCGGGCGGAUCACUUCUGACCGGAACGAUACCAAAACCUGUGCGUAUCGCAUCGAGAAGGCCUCGAGAAACAAAUCUGGCGAAUAUGGCUGUAUGGUGACAAAUUUUAUGAAAUGUAGCAUAGCGUCACUUACUUUACAUUUGGGAGGUAAGUAUGAUAAUCUCUUUGACUGGGUCAUGUAAGUGAAUCAUUGACAAUUAUUAUGAAUUGCUAUAACAAAGGUUGAAACCGUGCUUUUUUCAAUGGUCAUCACCAAUAUAUGGGGAAACAGUUCUUGUCAAUCUUCCCGAGGCAAAUGAUACACAAAAAGCAAACGAAAACCAAAAAAACAAACACAAACACAAAUAAACAAAGUUGUUAAGUUUUUUUGCAGGAUAACUACUACCAUUAUUGCUGAUCUCGCCGAAAUACGAACUAUAGCAAUAUUAAGCUCGUCUUACAUGCCGUUGAAAUCUAUCAAAGAGAUACGAUUAGGUAUAAAAAUUAGGUCUUUAUUCAUUGGAAGGUUGUAUCUUUCAAGGGUGUUUGACGUAUUUUUGUCUAAUUACAAGUUUGUGGCUAUCACCUUUGGUAAACCUUUCCUACAGAACCCUCAAAACCAAGAUUUCAAAUCCAUCCAAUCUCCCAAGACAAUAUUGCAACAGGAGAGAAGGUCAACUUCAGCUGCGAGGCAUUUGGGAUUCCAAGGCCAGUUAUAACUUGGUUUAAAGGUAAUCGUAGCGUGACCAAAGACAGCCGAAUACAUGAGACCAAGGCAUUGUCAGUGUUGACUGUUGAUUCUGUCACGCCGCAAGAUCAAGGAAGAUAUUGGUGUGAGGCAAAUAGUUAUGAGGGAUGGAAUCGAUCCACCAUCGCAAACUUAACUGGUGAGUUUACAGUUAUGGAGUCUUAUUUUCCCUUUUGAUUGUCCAGAGUUAAACUGA